CUACUUCAUUACAGAGAAACAAAAUCAAUUGAUCAGUAAACACUAAUUUCUAAGUUCUAACACAAGAUCAACAUCGAAACAAGGCCAGCCGCUCCUUCCUAUUGCAAUUUAUGGCCGCAUUUCCUUGUCAGGUUAGGUUUGAAGUGAUUGAUAGAAGGCCAACGACAGCGGAUCUCAAUAAGUACCUACCGUUGUCCCACGCAGCAAAGGAAGGUGACUGGGAAAAGGCUGAUAAAUUCAUUUCCAUUGACGGGAAUGAAGUUGGUGCACGGAUUACAAUCUCCUCUGACACGGCCUUGCAUAUAGCUGCACUUGAAGGACACUUCAAGUUUGUGAAAAAGCUUGUGGAAAUCAUGACACCUGAACAACUCGGGUUGCAAAACUUCGACGGUGAAACUGCACUUCAAGGUGCCGUAAUUGCUGGAAACAUUGAAUCUGUUAAAGAAAUUGUGGGAAAGAAUCCAAACUUGACAUGCAUACCUGAUAAUUUCAAUUGCAUUCCGCUUCUAAAUGCUGCUAAUCAUGCUUCACUGAAGAAACAAAAGAAGGCCUUGAUCAACUAUCUGUACAACGUUAUGAGAAAAAAUAAUUUCAAUCCGAGUCCUUUCUCCGGUGAUUUGGGUCGUUGAAUAAUAUGUAGUAUAAUUGGGUGUGGUUUUUAUGAUAUUGCCCAUAAUAUGAUCGAAAUGUACCCAGAAUUGGCUACCGAAGCAGAUCCUAGAGGGAAGGGUGCUUGUGCAUUAGAAAUGAUGGCUACAUGCGAUGAUUUUCUAAGUAGAAAUGAGCUGACAUUCUGGGAUCGUAUGGUUUACUCAUUGUAUUUUCCUUCUACUACGCCUGCCAUCAAUUCCCAACGCGACAUGGAUCCGGAGAAGCCUUUGAAGUGUUUAAGCAUUCCCGUUUCAGCAAGAGUGUGUCAUCAGAUGGGUCAAGUAAUCCGGAAAGUUGCAAAAGAAAUAGUUCCAGGAGUCAAAGUAUGCACGUUACAAAUGAAGCAUGAAGAAGCUGUAAAAUUGAUGAAAUUCAUUUUGGAAACAAUGAAUUCUUCAAUGAAUAGCAAACAAGUCAUAGAGUAUUUCAGCGCUACAGGCAUCUUAAAUACUGCUGCAAAGUUUGGAACAAUGGAAUUCGUAAAGGAGUGUUUAGAAACCUUUCCUGGUCUAAAUUGGGUUAAAAUGGGUAUAGCUAAAAGAGAUAUAUUUUACAGUGCAAUUUGCGAACGACAAGAAAAGAUGUUCACUUUCUUAUGCAAUGUGCCUGGGUAUAAGCGGAAGAUGCUUGCCACACUGGACAUAUAUGAUUCUAAUAUUUUGCAUAUGGCUUCAUGGUACGAAACUCCUUCGCCAUUCAUAACUACAUUCCCUUGUAUAGUUCUGCGGGUUCAACGAGAUCUCCAAUGGUUUAAGGAGGUGGAAAGUUUUGUACCGCCAGCAUACAAGAUACAUAAAAACGAUAAAGGAGAUACUCCACAGGAAGUAUUCAUACAAUGUCACAAAGGUGCAUUUGCAGAAGCGGAGAAAUGGAUGAAAGAUACAUCCCAAUCAUGUGCAUUUGUAUCCGCACUGGUAGCUACAGUUGUUUUCGCUGCAACUUUUACAGCGCCCGGUGGCUAUUUCAGUGACAAUGAUAGCAAUAACAGAGGCAUCCCAGUUUUCUUGUACAAGGAUUCAUUCGUAGUGUUUGCGGUGGCAACUGCGGUGGCUCUAUUCUCUUCGACUUCAUCACUUCUUUUGUUCUUAGCUCUCUUAACAUCAGAAUAUAAGCAUGAUGAUUUCCUCAAAACUAUCCCCAAAAAGUUUAUGUUCGGGCUUGGAACUCUUUUCGUGUCUGUAAUUUCCCUGAUGGUAGCCUUGAGUGCCACACUUUGCAUUUUACUUGGACGUAGAUUCCCAUGGCUUCCAAUUCCUUUGUCUCUAGUUGCAGCCAUCCCUAUUUGUUUGUUUUUAUGGACAUACGUUCCAUUAUUUACCACAAUGGUUCAUUGUGCAUAUGGGCGCAACAUCUUUAGUAAAAUAAAGCAGGGAUGA